AUGCUUGCAGUCAGUUGGGAAGAAUGGUGGACCUAUGAUGGUAUCUCAGGUCCAGCAUUUUGGGGUCUUAUAAAUCCGGAAUGGUCACUAUGUAACAAAGGACGCAGACAAUCACCAAUAAAUCUUGAACCUGAACGACUGCUAUUUGAUCCAUACUUAAGAGCUUUACACGUUGACAAGCAUAGGAUCAGUGGUUUGAUUAGUAACACCGGUCACAGCGUUAUUUUCACAGCGGGCAAUGACACAGUUGCCAAUUACGAUGGCAUGCAAACACCAGUCAAUAUAACAGGAGGACCAUUGUCCUAUCGUUACAGAUUUCAUGAAAUACACAUACAUUACGGCCUACAUGAUCAAUUUGGUUCAGAGCAUAGUGUCGAAGGACAUACAUUUCCUGCAGAGAUACAAAUAUUUGGCUACAAUUAUGAGUUAUAUACAAACUUUUCGGAUGCUUUAAGUCGGGCGCAAGGCAUUGUGGGUAUAUCUAUUUUAUUGCAGCUUGGCGACUUAUCAAAUCCCGAAUUACGUAUGCUCACCGAUCAACUGGAUCGUAUACGUUUUGGUGGUGAUGAAGCAUUGGUCAAACGUUUAUCCAUACGAAACUUAUUACCUGACACAGAUCAUUAUAUGACUUAUGAAGGCUCAACUACAGCUCCUGCCUGCCAUGAAACAGUCACAUGGAUUGUACUAAAUAGACCUAUUUAUAUAACAAAGCAACAGUUGCACGCACUCCGACGUCUCAUGCAAGGAAGUCCGGAUCAUCCUAAAGCACCACUAGGUAACAAUUACCGACCGCCACAGUUAUUGCAGCAUCGGUCCAUACGCACAAAUAUCGACUUCAAGGCGAAGAAAGUGAAUGGCAAAGCAGCUUGUCCUACAAUGUAUCGCGAAGUUUACUACAAAGCCACAAGUUGGAAACAACAUUGAAGUCAAAGGACAUAAAUAAAAUCAAAUAAACUUAGGCUGAAGGCAAAGCAUACGUCAGCGUGUAACAGGAGCUUCCAUUAAACUUAAAUUACUUGUAAUGUAAUUUGUAUUAGCGUUCUUAGAAGUAGUUAAAUUCAUUUCUCCUCUUUUUUUUUUGAGACUCCAUUAGACGAGUCUGAAUG